AUGUCUACCGGUGAGGGAGGCCACAUGGCGGUGGCCGAUAGAGGCACCAGAAAGAGGAGAGUCGGCGCAAAGAACGGUGGAAAGUCGAAGAGUAAGAAGUUCAAGACAACGCCUUCUUCCUCUGACAGGUUUAAGGUUACCACGAAGAACAAAAAGCUCUUUCAGAAGAGAGCGCGAGACUACAAUUCCGACGACGACGAAGAGGAUGAGCCGAAGAAGGCACCGGAGGUAACCAAUUUUGAGAAGAUAUUCACUGAUGCUAACAUGGGGCCGAACUACGAUGUAAUCGAAGACGAAGAAGGCUCGGACCAGGAUGAUCAUUCCGAUGGGGAAGACCAUGGAGAGAUUGAAUCUGGAAUCACCAGGUUUUCCACUGAUGAUGGAUGCAACGCCUUCAAAACCGCUUUCAGGGCUAUCAUGAAGAAGACCAAAGGAGAUGAUACUUUGGGUCCAGUGUUAUCAGCACAUAAGCAUCUUAUUGGUCAGAAGCUAGCUGAAGAAGAAGCUGAAAAGAAGGCCAAGGGUCAAGCCAGAAAGGCUAAACAUGUGGUUGCUGAGAAAGGACAUGUUAAACCUGCAAGCUAUUUGGAUUCCCAUGAAAAGAUUCUUAUAGGCGUUGCCACUAAAGGAGUGGUCAAGCUUUUUAAUGCUGUAAACAAGGCUCAACAUGCUCAGAAGGGUUUGAAUGCUUCAAGGUCGAAAGACGCCAAAGUGUUAAAGAAGCGAAGAAAAGAAGCAUUCUUCUCGGAGUUAGGGAAAUCGAAGACAGAUUAUAAGGCUCAAAAAUCUUCAAAUUCCCAUGAAGAUGAAGCUCCUCCUGCUUGGGCUCCUCUUCGUGAUAAUUACAUGUUAGCAAACCCAAAGCUGAAGGACUGGGACAAAAAACAGGAAACUGGCGAGGGAGAUGAUUUUGCUGCUUUAUCAGGAGAUGAAAGUUAUGAAGACUGA